GGACGUCAAGGACGCCCGCUCCAGGGAAGAACCAGUGGGGCCUGGGAGGCUGGCGCAGAGCCCCGGGUGCGUUCCAGGACCCCCGACAGGAGCCACGGGCCCCGGGUCGCUCCUGGGGCAAGACGGCAGAUUAGCUUCAAGAUGGAGUCACUUUCGUUCCGCACACCCUCAUGAACCCCAAACGGAAACUCAGGCUGCCGGCCUCAUCUGCCGUUUCCCUUGGAAGGAGGGAGAGGGACUGCCAUCAUGUGUCCUCUGGCCCCUGUAGCACUCUGCCCCGCUUUUAUUUUACUUUUUAAUGAUAUACUUAUUCUCUCUUUCCUAAGCUAGCUGCGGGCAACCUACUUUCGGGCCUCCCCUCGAGCCCCAAGGCCCCAUCUCACCGUCAGCAAGAGGCGGAGACUGAGAGUGGGCUUCUGACUGGGGUGGGAGUGGCAUGGAACCCAAGUUAGCGCUGUCUUCCAGAAUCCAGUUCAGUUACAGUCAGGGAAGCGAAAGGAUGCUGUUAACAUGCACCUGGCACGUGUGUUGGGGUUGGAGUAUUUGAUGAGGUGGAAUUUGGUCCCUGGACACUGGAGACAGACUCAUGAUGAAGGCGAAAAAAACAUGGAAAACGUUUUGAGAGCUGGGGGGAACCUCAAAAUUAAUUGAAUCCAAGAUGGUUUUUAGGGCACUAAGAGCUUGACACUUCCCCCCUACAGUCAGCUGGGGCCGCCGCAGCGUAACACCACAGACUGCGUGUCUUAAACAACAGCAAUUUAUUUUCUCACAGUUCUGGAAGUUGGAAGUCCUAGAUCAAGGUGUCAGCACGGUUGGUUUCUUCUGACACCUCUCUCCUGGGUUUGCAGAUGACGGGCCACCUUCUUGCUGUGCCCUCACAUGGUCGUCCCUUUGUGUGCGUCUGUGUCCUAAUCUCUGCUUCUUAUAAGGACACCAGUCAUAUUGGAUUAGAACCCAUCCCUAUGACCUCAUUUUACCUUAAUUACCCCUUUAAAAGCCCUAUUCCAAAUACAUCACACCCCGAGGUACUGGAGGUUAGGACGCCAACCUAUGCAUUUUGGGUGGGGACACAAAUUCAGCCCAUUUUGGGGGACUGGGAUUGAUGUUUUAUGUAUGUUAUGGACAAUAUUUGGGGGAAUUACCAGACAUCAACUUCACAGAAGGUUUUAGGACACCUGUAUCUCAUCUUACUUAUCAUUUGAAUAUUUCUAUUGUAAAGAUCUUGCUAGGAGCAGUGUGAGGAAGACAGAAGAACACCCUGGACUGGCAAAGCCGCCCGCCACGCACUGCUGCCACCAUGCCCAAGAGAAAGGCCAAAGGAGAUGCUAAAGGUGACAAAGCGAAGGUGAAGGGCGAGCCUCAGAGGAGAUCGGCACGGCUGUCUGCUAAGCCUGCCCCUCCAAAGCCAGAGCCCAGGCCUAAAAAGGCAAAGAAGGGGGAGAAGCCGCCCAAAGGGAGGAAGGGGAAAGCAGAUGGUGGCAAGGAGGGGAACAACCCUGCGAAAAGCCGAGACGCCACCUCAGCCCAGUCACAGAAAGCAGAAGGCACUGGGGAUGCCAAGUGAAGUAGACUUUUUGGUAGCUCCAUACUUCUCAUGACUCUAGUGUUUGAAAUACUAUUUUUAAAUCAAUUCUUUUAUGUAGGAAUUUUUUUUUAAGUUAUGUUGUUAGCACACAGGGCACUUUGUUGUUCUCUUUUGUGGAAAGAGCAAAUGCCACUAACAGACUGUCCCAGGAGCUGGAUCGAAAUAGAGUAAAAUAGGAUUUUUCUAUCCUGGGUUUUGAAGGUUCUUCUUGGUUUCAUUCACACGUCAGCCACUUUGGCUCAGAAGCCUUACAGCGUGGGGAAGCAAAAUUCACGUCUUCUCCCGAUGUCAUCAGCAUAUACCCGACUUCCUGAAACCGAGAGUCGUGAUGUGGCCUUGGCACCCCAAAAAUCAGCUGUGUUGGCUAACAGUACUCAGGCUUUCUGGUGAUAACAUCGAAAUGGUGUUGCCCAAAAGAGCCAAGAUUUCUUUUUGUAAUUUGUGGAUCAUCCCAUUGAGAAUCCUAAAGUUUUUAUUUCCUCCGUAUCAGAGCUGACCUGUGAAAAGCUCUUACAGGCCUCAUACAAAACGUCCGCUCCUUCUGAGAACUUUUCCUGUUCGAAGCAUUAGAAGACUUUGUUGACUUCUUGAGGAGGAGAGUUUGAAAG